CCUUCCCCGUCGGCCGCGAGAUGGCAGUGCGGGCAGUUCCACCUUGCCGGAAACACAGAUGACAGGAGCGCGGCCUCAGAUGCCUCACUAAAUCCCUUUGCACUACGCCUCAGGUCACCCCAGCCUCGGCAAGAUGUCGAGCAUAAAACAGGUGAUCAAUGAUGCGGUGGAGAAAGGUAAGGAGGUUUAUGAAAAAGUGAGACAACCCAACCCCAUCCGCCUUCGAGACCUCAUCAGACAGAUCCGCUCGGCAAAGACAGCAGCUGAAGAGCGAGCAGUUGUUAACAGAGAGUGUGCAUAUAUCCGACUCACAUUCAGAGAAGAGGAUUCUGUUUGGAGAUGCAGAAAUGUGGCAAAACUUUUAUACAUACACAUGCUGGGGUAUCCAGCACAUUUUGGGCAGAUGGAGUGUCUGAAGCUCAUAGCAUCACCCCGGUUUACAGACAAGCGUAUUGGAUACCUUGGUGCCAUGCUUCUGCUGGAUGAACGGCAAGAUGUACAUCUCUUAAUUACCAACUCUCUUAAAAAUGACCUGAACUCAUCAACCCAGUUUGUCCAGGGCCUAGCGCUCUGCACCCUCGGGGCCAUUGCUUCACCAGAAAUGUCAAGGGAUCUAGCGGGAGAAGUAGAGAGACUUUUAAAAUCAUCUAAUGCAUAUAUAAGGAAAAAGGCAGCUGUCUGUGCAUUACGAAUUAUCUGCAAAGUGCCAGAACUGAUGGAGAUGUAUCUCCCAGCCACGCGCUCCCUCCUCUCUGAAAAGAAUCACGGUGUGUUAAUUACUGGCGUCACCCUGAUAACGGAGAUGUGUCGGCAAUCCCCUGACAUGCUAGCUCAUUUUAAAAAGAUUGUACCAAACUUAGUGAGGAUUCUAAAGAACUUGAUCAUGGCUGGCUAUUCUCCAGAGCAUGAUGUGCAGGGUGUGUCCGAUCCUUUCCUUCAGGUGAAGAUCCUGAAACUCCUGCGAAUCCUUGGACACGAGGACAGCGAGGCAUCCGAGACCAUGAACGACAUUCUUGCACAAGUGGCCACCAACACAGAGUCGUCCAAGAAUGUCGGCAAUGCCAUCCUGUAUGAGACAGUCCUCUCCAUCAUGGACAUCAAGAGUGAGAGUGGCCUUAGGGUAUUGGCUAUCAACAUCCUGGGAAGGUUUCUCCUCAAUGCUGACAAGAACAUUCGGUAUGUCGCUCUCAACACCUUACUAAGAGUUGUGCAUGCUGAUAACUCUGCUGUUCAGCGACAUAGAACUACAAUUUUGGAAUGUCUGAAGGAUGCAGACAUUUCCAUCAGGCGGCGGGCUAUGGAACUUUGCUUUGCCCUCAUCAACAGUAACAAUAUCCGCACGAUGAUGAAGGAAUUGUUAAGCUUCUUGGAGACAGCAGAACCAGAGUUCAAGGCUACAUGCUCCUCAAAGUGUGUGCUUGCAGCAGAGAAGUAUUCGCCCAAUGUGCGGUGGCACAUUGACACCCUCCUCAAAGUUGUCCAGGCGGCUGGUAACCAUGUCCCAGAUGACGUAGUGUCUUCAGCCAUACAAUUGAUAUCAGAUGCCAGGACGGAGCAGGCAUACGCUGUGGGGGAGUUGUGGCGCCACCUUUCUGUUGCUCAGCUGGAAUUCCAACCUCUCAUCCAGGUGGCUACUUGGUGUAUUGGAGAGUUCGGAGAUUUGUUACUAAAUGGUCAAGCAGAUGUGACAGUGGUGGAGUCUGAACUUAUAGAGGUUUAUCAGAGGAUCCUGUGGUCUUCCCAGUGCAGCAUCCCCACCAAGGAGUAUGCACUGACCUCUCUCAUGAAACUCUCUGCCAGGCUCAGCCAUGAAGUAGGAUCAAUACAGCAAGUAGUUAGUGCAUUUGGUUCACAUCUCAACAUAGAACUACAGCAGAGGGGUAUUGAGUAUAACCAACUGUUUACCAGACAUAGUCACAUGCGAGGAGCCCUCUUAGAACGAAUGCCUCCAUUUGAAAAUAACCGAAUACAGGAGAAUGACAAGGUUGCCUUGACCAAUGGUGUGGAUGCAAGUCCAGACAACCAGGCACUAUUGAAUGACUUCACAGCACCCAAUAACAAUGCUAAUGAAAAUUAUGAAUCUAAUGCCUUGUUGGAUCUGCUUGGAGGAAUGGAUCCAGGUGAAAGCAAUGCUGUUCAGCCAUCCACAACUCCAGCGCCUAUCACUGCACCUGCACCAGCACCGGCUGUCAACUCUGAUAUAUUAGAUCUGUUAGGUGGAUUGGAUUCAACACCUGCUGCACCUGUGCCAGCUACCAAUAUGAAUGACACUAUGUCAUCGGGCCAAUCCACCAAUUCCAACAACUCGGCAUACUUGUUGGACGGUCUGCUCAACAAUUCCACCCCUAUCAUCACCUCUCUCAACCCGGCUGCAACAACAGCCUCUAACACGCUCACAACACCUGCAGUCCAGAAGACUAGUAGUAUACCAGGCAUCAAUGCUUAUAACAAAAAUGGAAUCAAGUUGGACAUGACAUUUGAGGUGCAGGAGACUGUCACAACUAUCAACAUGCAAGCCACAAACAACACGGGAACCAAUGUCACAGAUUUUCUCUUCCAGGCUGCUGUGCCAAAGUCGUUACAGCUGCAGAUGCUAAACCCGAGCAGCACUAGCAUGGCUCCAACAUCUACCCUGAACCAAAUCAUCAAGGUCAACAACCCGAACAAGGUGGCAUUGAGGAUGAGGAUAAAGCUGUCAUGGUCAGCCAACGGGUCACUCGUCCAGGAUCAGGGCGAGAUCAGCAACUUCCCCCCGGCUCUUUGGCAGUGACACCACCUGGGCACCCUUCACCCUGUCCACGGAACUUGCCUCUCCAUUGGCUCCCUCUCAUUGUAUCACUUUCAUGUCAAGAACAAUGAUUUCUGCAUGUCCAAGACAACAACCUUGUACUCUCUGUCUCUCCCUGAGAGGAUCUUACUGAAAAUUUAUUUGUCUGAGAUUAGUUCUUUCAGUGAUUGCUUAAAGAUUUUUACCAAGGCAAGAAGAUCAUGUUUUCUCUCUCCUUUCGAUUCUUUUUCCUCUCUUGGUGAAUUAAUGCUGCCAUCACUUUAUCUCUCAUCUUUUGUCUGUUUCUUUCAUAAAAUAAUUUUGAAUUCUGCUAUGUGGUCUCUCUCACACACAACACACUCCACCAUUAAGAAAGUUGUACUUGAAGAGAUAGUCCCUUUUCCCUUUUAUGCCAUUGUAUAUCUUCUCAAGAUGGUUGUGGUCUUCAAUUGGCAGGACAAAUGCACUCUGUUCACUGGAGCUACUACUUGUUUCACCAGACAUGGUCUUCCUGUCACCUGGUUUGCUACACUACUUUUACUCAUCAAAAUAAUGUGUGCUCUUAUGUUCUUCCUUGUAUCUUCAUUUACCAUUUGUUUCUUAAACAUUGUAUUCAUGUCUUGGCUCUUUGGCUCUUAUUCACUGAUGGAAUUUCUUACACAAACAACAGUAUACCAGUUAGUUUCAUUAGAACUUUCUCAGUAUUUUGUGUUUGGUUUCAAUCCUGGUUUCUCUUCCACAUCCUUCUCUAGUAUGGCAUGUGCCCCGUCCUUCCCAAUCCAUGACUUAACAAGUGCAUUGUCACACCUGCAUUGUGUAUUACUAAUGAUGAGGUGACAGGAAUCUCCCUGUAUUGUAGUGUGAGGUUUUUGCUGUUGAGCAUUAUAUCUCUUAUUGGAUGGUGUGUGAUAUGCUGACUCUUGUGAGCAAUGGUUGUGCUAAUGUUGACAAUAGAGGGGGUGAUAUUUGUGAUACAAAGAUUGAAUGGCCAACAUUAAUUCAUGACAGACAACAGUAAUUCAGAUGAUUAUAAUGCAGUUAGUUGACUCUUGACACAAUGAGUUUUCAGAUAGUUUUGUUUUUGAAAUAGGAGGUGGAUGCUCCUUUAUUUGAGGAUUAAGUCUGAUUUGAUGUAUUCUAUUUAUUACAACACAACACAACGCAAAGUAAGAUCCACAAUUAUCUAAUGUCCAACUCCUCAAAACAGUGCUGAUGUUCAUUGAUGUUUUGCUUUACUAAUUGUGUGGAAAAUUAGGUAACAUACAUUAUGAACCAGUGAUUAUUUUUGGACAAUAUAACAUGGGUUAUAUUUAAAGCUGUUAUGGACAGUGCUUUUCUUUUUGCAUUGCAAUAAUUGUUUAUAUAAUUGAUGCUUUCUGAUGUGUAAUUUUAGUGCAUCUAAUGAUUAUCCAUAUAUGAUUCACAUUAUGUAAGGUACAUAGUUUACUAACAGCUGUAUUCCAUCUGAUCCCUUGAAUAAGGUCAUGUAACAUGACUCCAGAAUACAGACCUCAGCUGAUUAUAUUUUAUGAUCACAGUGUUCAUGAUGAAAUGUUUGACUAAGAUGAUGGUUUGUAAGUUGCUUUAUACAUGGAUUUGUUUCCAGUAAAGGAUAUAUUACUUCAGCAAAACUGGAAUUUGACUUUGUCAUCAUAUUAGUAACUUACAAGAUGAAGUGUCUGUUGCAGUACUGUACACAUUGAAAACCACAACACCUGUGUUACAAUCUUUAGCUGUCACACUUGUACUUCCCUUUGUACUUAAGUGAUCUGUUGCAUGUAUUGGGAAUUCUUUUUGUAACAUUAAAACACAUAUGUUAAAUAGGUACCCCAUUGAUGAUUAUGAUUAUUUGCCUUACAGUGUAAAAUGCUUUUUUCGCAUCUUUGAAUAAGAUAUAUUUUUUUUUAUUGGGUAAAGACUGAUUGCCAUUUUUAAAGUUUAGGAUUGUACUUAAAAGCCCAAAUGGCUGUUAGGACAUUGUGAAAUAUGUAUAGUAUGUAUUUCCUUUUUCUUACGCUUUUUAGUCUAUGCCAAAUACUAUUAACCAGUGAGAUUUGAAGUACUGGCUGCAUAUGAUCUACCCCUUUUAUUAGGAAAGAAUCUAUCAAGUGCUCCAUUGUGUGCCAGAUACCACCCCACUAUCACAGCUGAGGUGGGGAUGAAGAUGAAUUGUUCUUCAAAAAUAUAUAUAUUAAAUAAAGAAAAGUAAAAAAAAAAAAAAGAGAAAAUAUAUAUAUCAAAAAGUGGACUUAAUAGAUUGUUGAACUGGGAGGAAGAAAAUUUUAGUUUUUUUGUUUUUGUUUUGUUUUUGUUUAGUUUUUCCCUUUUAUUUGACAAAAAUGGGAAAAAAAUUAUAUCCAUGGAACCUAAUUUUUGUUUGAUUUAAAGUUACUUUUAUUUUAUGUAAGUCAGGAUUAUGUAAAUAACCAUAUCAGGAAGAGCAAGCUGCUGAUAAUGAUGAGUAGGUGUUCCAUAAUUGUUGUAAAUACUUGUUAUAAGUGAUGCACAGUGAGAGGGCUUGGAGAACCUUGCCGUGAGCCCAGCUAUUGUGUGUAAAAAACCAAGAGUCCAUCCACAUCAUUUAUUUUUUCUCCUUUGUAUUUCGUAGGUGAUUUGAAUCAGUACCAAACUUAAUUAUGUUCUGCUAUUUAAAUUGGUGAUGGAGUAUGAAUUUGUUUUGUUAUGGCAAAUUUAUGCCCAAGGCGCCAAAUGCAAGUUUUGACAGUUUCCUACAAAUGUCAAAAAGUAAAACUGGCCUGUGAAGAGCCUGGGACAACAUUUAUGAUCCUAGGCUCUGUUAUUUUAUUUCAUUGUUACACAGUAGGACCCAUAGGCCCAAGAGGUAUAUAUUUUGUGGAAUGUGUCCUGUUGUAUUAAAUUUAUUUAGUGUUUGUAUAUUUUAUGUCAUUUAGGAAUGAUGUAUCUAUAUAUUGUUUGAUAUAAUGAUUGAGUUAUAAGAAAAAAAUAUUAUGUAUAUAAAACUUCCAGGGCUGCUUUCAGAAAAAGUGUCAGGGAAUGUCUUAAUAGCACCCAGACAAAAAGUGAUGGGGCAGUGGGAAGGAGGAAAUAUAUGACAGAUUUUACAUUCUUUCAAAAGGAAUUUUAUAUGCUGAGUGAAAUUAACCCCCAAAAUACCCUUCCACUUAACUGCUGCACUUGUGAGAUGAGGCUGGAUUUAACCCCUGUGACUUUUUUUUUUCUUUGGUGUGUGAAGUGGUCAUCAAAAUUGAAUGAAUUAAGAAUGUAAAUUGCUUUUAUGUGGCACAUGGUACAUGUCUGCACUCCUGUGGAAUAGUUCCUCUUGACCUCAAGAUAGACAUUGUAAAUUAAAGUCACUGCAAACCAACUGGGGCAGCAGAUGGGAACAGCAACCUUAAACUAUAUUGGUGACAUGUUUGCAGUUCCCCUGUCAGCCAAGACCACAAGUCUUCACAACCAAAUACCAGAAGUUGGCAGGGUCUGUAUCACUCAUUGAGAUGAAUGUUUGUCUCCUUUCCAAUGGGUAUUGUCUUGGGGUGUGUGGCACCCUUCCCCACUCCAUUGCUAGACAGUAGGCCAGGUCCACUAAGCCAUUCCAUGUUCUCUGGUGAUGUAAAAUGAGCCCUCUGGCAUCAUGUCAUAUUGAUAAUUUGGGGAAAUAAAUUUAUCAAUGACUUUC